UGUGUGUGUGUGUGUGUGUGUGUGUGUGUGUGUGUGUGUGUGUGUGUGUGUGUGUGUGUGGUCGUGGUAUAUGAAAUAGGAAGAAACACAACUAAGUUUCGGGUUGUGUCAAGUUGAAGCAGAAUAUGAACCUUUCCAGUGCUUGUUAAAGUGUGCGUACUGUAUGUACCGCUGUCAAACAGUAUGUUUCCACCCAGUCUGUACGUCUGUGGUCCUCUUGUUUAAAAUGGAUGUGUACUCUGUAAGCAUAAAUGUGUCAACAUGGUGGCUGCUGUUUAAUAGACAUUUCCAAUUAUGCAAACUGUGGAAGGGCAAAAUUAGAACUCCUGCCACACAUCAGCAGUGACACUUUCGUAGCGGUCACGUCAAGUUGUCUGUUUUAUAUUUGCAGGUACUUGUGUGAUGUGACAGGUUUAAAGACCGUACAUACACAGAGUGUUUAGCAGUUUAUUCUUGGUUAUAAAUGCCAGCUCCAGUUGGUCUCUGUUUUAAAUCUGGCUUAUCAUUGUCACUUAACUAUUAACUGUGAAAACAUAAAAUCAAUUCCAGUUGAGAACAAGGCAAAGUAGCUGUCACGCGAGGCCUGCAGUCAAACUGAAGAAGAUUAUUGUUUUUGUCUUCGAGACGUGAACAUUUUGUGGUUGUUGUAUUUUUCCAGUGUGCAGCUGUGUGUCAGGUCAGGGUGUUAGGUCUUCGAAUCAAAUGAGGUGAUACAUCGCAGACGUUUCUUCCUGAUUUUCACUCUGCAGACAUGAUCAGCUGACCAACGGUGAUCAUCAGCGAUUAUCAGACAGGGCAGCUUGGUGGUUUUUCAUAACAGAGUUUAUGAGCUGGGAAGACACGCUGACCUUAUUUUCCGCUGCCCGUACAGGGGUCAUGACCUCCUGAUGAAAAUACAUCUCUCCUCAAACCCAAGCAACAGCUCUUAAACCACAUCUAUAAAUAUUUUAGAGGCAGAAGGGAGUGGUGGAGACACAUCUGAUAAAACGCUUUCCCACUCCACUUAUCCCUUCCCCUUUUUUACAAAGUGUCUGUGAGUUAACUCAGCAGGCUCUUCCUCAAAAACAUCCAAUUCUUCUAGACGAUGCAAAUCAUUAACUUCUUAUCUUGCUGCUUGGCAAAUUGGUACACAGUCAUUUGGUUGUUUUCCUGUCUAGUGAAUCACGCCACAAGACUCUAAAAGCCCUUUCACCCACCUCCAAAGCCGAUCGAUGAGAGUAAAUGAACCAAGGAUUCCUUUGAUCGUUUGUUUGGUGUUUUCAUCAAUAAUGUUUGUUUAGUACCCCCUUCUGCUCCUCUCUCUCUACUGCCCCGGCCCUUAUCAGUUGCACAGCCUCUAACAUAACAGUUCACAUCAUCAUAUUCACUUAUUUUUAUCUUAUUGUUGUAACAGUCUCCCUCUCUGAUUUUACCCUCGGUAACAUUUGUUUCCCCCAUCAAACCACAUGUGUCCACAGGUGAGCAUUCGGCCAGCUUACUGGUGGGGACAUGUUCGUGUUCUUAAAGUAUCAGUUUAAAAGUGUAGAACAGUAGUGAGCCCUUGUAAUGGGAAAUUCUGUGUUUUGUAAUAUUUCUGUAUGGGGUGUAAUAAAUUAUUCUACGAUAGUACUUUACAUGGGUAAAUACUUAAAAUGUGACAGUCUUUGUAAGUAUUUAUCUUCAACUAAAUUAUUGUACUUUUUUUUUGGCAAUUUGUAGAUACGUAAGUGAUGAUGACAAGGUGUUGGUAAUCAUGAAAUUAACUGUUUCAUCAUCGGUCUGAUGCAUCUUUUAAUUUAUUGAUGUAUAUACUGUAUGUUUGUUGAUAAACAGCUUACUUUAUUUUGUAUAUGACCAAUAAACAUGUUUUGAAAUGGAACAGCUUUUGUGUGUCUUUGGUAAUUGGAAUAUAACAGUUAUAAUUUUAACAUACAUAGUUGUUUAUUAUAUUAUUAUUCACAACCAUAUUAUGGUCUUUCUUUCUGUGCAAUGCAAAUAUACCAUGUUGUUGAUGUUGCACAUGUGUCUUGUUCACUAAAUCAGGAUACACUGGAUGUUUUUUUUGACAAAGAGUGUCCUCAUUCCUAUAAAUGAAAAUAUAAAGAAUCAAUAUAAUUAAACUGACAGGCUUUUAAACGUAAUCUUCAAGUCUGUCCUGCUGUUAAAAAAGACAUAUACAAAUAUCUGUGUGUAAUCUAUUUAUUUGAGAUAUAAACUAAACAGUAUAUACAUAUUCAUCUUGAUAAAUGUGUCUUUUCACAGCAGACAUUUUGACUUGUCAAACCCACGUGUGAUGAUAAUAUUAAUUGCUGCAUUGCAUUGCAAUAGCUUGGGGAACAGAGCUGUAAUGUUUUCGGUUCACCUGCGAUUUUUUCUGCUGUGAACACUUCAAAUGGUCUGCUAUUUGGAGGCACUGACUUUCUCUGAUUUUAAACAAACACUGAUGAAUGACAAUAAUACAUCAUUUUGAGAGGGAAUAAUUGUUUAAAGGAUUAAGAGAACAUGGAAUGUACAUAUUUUAAAUAAUGAAUAAUUCAUUAUUUUAGCACUCAAUUUGUGGGGUGCCAAUAGGCCAAAACUCGAGGCUGAAAUAUACUGCACAAUUUGACCUAUACUUUUUUUAAUCUUCAGUGCUGUCUUAUAAAGGCCACGCGCGUGUUUAGCCGUUCACGUCUAUAGGUGGCAGUGUGAAGUUAUCACCGGCUCCCUUCGUCUUCAACAGCUCUGGAUCCUGUGAAAACAUGGAGCGCGGAGCCAGUUUAAUCAGUAUCAAGACAAGCUUCUCCGCAAUAAGGUUGAAACAUAGAAGGAUGUUUCGAUUUGUUCGGUUGAUUUGAUGUGAUUGUUUGUGAAUUGAAGUCGUGUGUUGUAGUUUAAUUCUUAUAUUCGUUGUUUUUUAAUCUGGUAUGUCCAUAUCCGUGCUGUGGAUCCACUCCGGGUUUUCACAGGUUUCCAAACUGUCGCUUGUGUGUUGCUCCGCGCGGAGAGGCGGGUAAAAAUGUAAACACAGAUCCAUCCUGGUGGAGAUUGUGUUGUUUGGUAGCUCGCUAGACUUUAUUGUAGUUCCAUUUCAUCCAUGAGUAACACUGGAGAGCGGCUCUACUUUUGCUUCUUUUCUCUUCUUUAACUAGAUUUACAUAUUUCCUGUAUUUCAUUAUUAAACGCUAGUAACAACACCGCUAAACCGUUAGCUAGCUAGCAGCUCAACAGCUAACGUUAGCAAAACUUAAUCGAUCAAGAUAUCGUUAAUAUAUUAAAGUUAGUUGGUCCUUAAACUGUCGACUACCGACCCCACCCUAAUGCCACUUGAUGGAGGACUACGACCGGUUUGUGCAGCAUCGCCUCUCCCAUCUGAGGACAAGUAAGGAGGAACACCAUACACCUCGAGCUGCUUCUUCUCUGAUCCGCUUCUAUGGACGAUCCAUCCUUCCUCCUCUGCUCUCCGGGACGCAGAGAGAGGAGAUGCAGCAACACAGAGAGGCAGCGCAGAGAGCUGCUGUCCACACAACGUUAAAGGAUGAUUCAAGAAUGGCCUACGUUCAAACUAUCCUACACAGUGUUCAGCUGAGGAAGAUGCCAACACUAGAAGAGUUGCUUCAAGAGUCUGAGGUUAACACAACAUCUUCAUAUUCCCAUAACACCAUCGGUGGAGCUGCGUCACAGAGAAAUGUGUUCGUAGGAACAAGUGGUAGUCUUUUGCGCUCACCACCACCCGGAAGGAAAGAACAGGAUGGUGUUUCUCUUCAUCCGUUGACAUCAACUACAUGUAGUGCCUUCUUUGCCUCAGUGACACCUCAGCAAAGUGAGCAGGAAGGAUGCCUUAUUGAGCAACCUUACAGCCAGCCGGGAUCACAGCCAAUCCACCAGUCACCAUCUUCUGGUCAUGUGACCUACAACAAUGUUGAGAACACCACCGGUGUUUCUGGAAGGAUUGAUGCAGAGAGAGGGAGCCCUGGCUUUGGCUCCUCAGAGGAAGCUUAUUGUUAUAAUAAUAACAAUAAUAUGGGGGGCUUUUUCCUUCACAACACCUCAAACACAAUCGCCAAGAUGCCGGAUAUUAUUAACUACCCGCCCAUAGAUGGAGAGGAAUUGGAAAGGAGUGGUCUGGAAUCAUCCUUCUGUAAUAACUUAAUAGUUGUAAAAGACAUUUGUUGCACCUUGCACCAGGAGGAUUCAGUCAUAUGUGAGCCUUCACCAGUCGAGAAAUCUGAGAGCACAGAGGGUGGAGAUGAGCUUCCCUUUAGCACAGUACUCGACGUUGACAAAGAUCACUAUGUGGACACGAUUGAGGGCCCAGUCUCAUCAUCAGAAAACAGCGGCCUUACAGACACUCUAGAGUUAUCACAGACGUUAAGCACUCAUCACAGUCCAACAGCAGAGUUGCAUAUUCAGCACGACUCUACAGAAUCCGAGCCAGCGGACAACCAUGUCGACGAAGCGACGCCAUCGGAGGAGCCUUAUCGUCUGAGCCUCCAGGCCUUGCUGAAGAAAUCUCAGGAGUAUCGGCAGUGCCAGCGGAUGCUUAGGAACCACGCCAAGAACACUAGAAUUCAGGAGAGGACCCAAGAACAGACGAGGGCGGAGGAGCAGAGCCUCUCUGAUAAGGAGAAUGACGAGUUCCCUUAUAAUAGGACCGUGACCACAGAGGGGAAGAAAACUCCAGAGAGGAAAGGCACUUUUAUCCCGUCGGAGGAAACGUCGGCAAAGAGAUCUUGGAAAAAUGAGAGGACGAUUGAGAGUGAGUUUUUCGGGGAAAAGUCCAACUUUAACUCUGAAAGCACACAUUUAACCGGAGAUGGACAUACGAAGGAAAUUACUACUGUUGGGGAGGAAACAAUCUUCAAAAAUAAUAAACUGAACAUUUCACAAGAGGUCAUAACAGAGCCCAAACAAAUCAGCACCGUCCUCCUGCGACCGCCCACAUCGUCCGUGACCUCGCCUGUUCAGGAAGCCUUUUACUUGACCACCUGUCCCGCAGCUUUUUAUAACGGUGUAGGGAAAUAUCACAGUAUCCCAGCCCCCAAUUUCUGUAGGAGUCCUGUGCACUGCAAGAGCAAAGGCAGUAUCCAAGAUGGAGAAACUCUUAAUGGGGCCAAGACCUCGAAGGAGGUUUUUGUCAAGACUGGUUUGAUUGAAGAAGUGAACCUGGCACGUAACAGCAGUCCCACAGCAGUUCCUCCCGCUGUGAAUCUCAUGGUUGAAGGUGAUGUUACAAGUCUUUCAGCCAAGAAUUCACAGCACAUAGAUCAGCUCGAGUCCAACCUGUCCAGUCUGAAAGUACUGAUCUCGGAUCUGGAGUCCACACUGACAGAAAACAUGGAGAACCAAACUGAGAGCAACACUCAAAGAGAGUUAAGUUUGAAAGGCAUCAAGCACUCGCGUCAACAUGAUGAUGAUGAUGAUGAUAGCAAUGAUGCAGAGCAACACCAAAGGUACGGAGAGUGGCCGGGAGGACGAUCAUUAGACAAUUUCACUAAAAUGAAGGAAGAUACAGGAGCUGAACUGAGCCGUUGUGACACAGACGAUGUUCCUCUCAUAGAGCUCACGCUAGUCAAAACCUUAGCUACAGAGAGAGGAAAGGAGAAGAGAUGUAAAGAAGGACUUACAAAGACUGAUGGACAUCAUGGCGGCAGUAGAAGGCCUACAGCUAAAUGCAUCCUCUCUGUAACACAGCGGCUGCGAAUUCCUGAUGUGUUCAGAAAGGUUCCAUCCGCGGCUUCGCAUAACGUCUCGGUGCUUUCGGAUACCAGUAACCGUCCGGCAGAGAGUAGGAGUGAGACGGUUGGAGACGGUCACGACUCCACCCGGUCCCCGUCUCUCAACCAGUCGUAUGACGUGGACGCACCGUCGGGCCUGUGGCUCCGCGACGGGUCGGGAUCCGACACGGGCUCAAAAGGUCAUCUUGUUCAGGAGAAACGUCUCACGCCAGAGAGCGGGGGGGAGGGUCAGGGCGGGACAUCCAGGGUGAAACGGAGGCUGCUCAUGCACAUGACGGAGGAGACACGGGACGGGAGUUCAGAUCCCGGCAGAGGAGCAGGCUCCGUGGUCAGACCCAACUCCAGCACUCCCAGAGCUGCCGUGCCGCGGUACGGAGGCCGUAGCAGUCGAGGAGACAAGCAGGAGGAACUGAAACAGGCCCACGCCGCUCAGGUCAGAGCCCUGCAGGAUGAGCACAGGAGACAAGAAGAAGAACUGCUGCAGGCAUUGGCAGUGCGUUCCCGCCGCCUCCAGAGCGUGUCCUUUCCUUGCUCCAUGUCGAGCUCACAUCUUGGGGACACGUUGACCUUUUCUGCCCUCUCUCAGCCCUCCAGCCCGCUGUCGGAGCACUACCACCCCCUGCUGGCAGCAGCUGUGAAAGGCUUUCUGGCUCGCAGGCUGCUGAAGACCGAGAGAGUGGCGCAGCUGGUGCGCACCACCAGGGACACACAUCAGCUCCUGCUGGCCCUCCAGCAGCAGAGCCCUGGCAGAGGAGAGUUUUCUAGCAGACAGGAUCUCUUAUUGCAGGAGAGAGUCACUCUGCAGCUGCGCGCUGCGCGUUACGAGGUCUACGACAUCUUCUUCAGCCUGUCAGCCGGAGAGAGGAUGCAGCUGAUCCGCUGGGACAGAGAGCUGGCCAAGGAGAGAGAGCUCAGACGACAGAGUGGGAACGCAGGCCAGUCCAGAGGAAAGAGUUCUCUGUCAACUGCAACACAAAAGUCACUGGAGCGAAAGAGAGGAAUGAUGAUCCAGAAAAAGGCAGCAGAAAGGCACACGGGAGCUUUGACGAGGACCGGACACAAUACUGGACUCUCUGCCGAGCAGCCGCCUGAAACCAAGCGAGGACAGUUCAGAGCAAAUCCUCAGAGGGUCCCCAAGAGCACUUACUCCUCCAGACCCCGAUGACACUUUCCUAAUUGGCCCCAGUGAGGACUCCUAAUAAGGUCUCUUGCGAGUACCUAAAUAUUGUAUAACUAUAUUGUGCUUUUUACAAUCUACAACCAGGGUAUAAUAGAGUGAUGGCAGUUCCACUCUUCCACAACAGACUGGUUUCACAGUGAGUGGAUGCUCGGGUUGGGAUAAAACAUCACCACAGCUGCUCUGUCACUAACGAGUCAGGUCUGCUUCCAGUAGUUUUCAGUAGUGACGGGUUGAGAGGUCGGCAUGAAGUAAGCCACGGCCAUGAGCCAGCAGGCACAAUACCAAGACUCGGGAACCAAAAUACCUAGUGGAAUGCAGCCAUGAUUGAAGUUAAUAAUCACACCUCAAAAUGUGUCCUGUGAAAAGGGUUUUGUUAAUCGGAGUAUUUGUUCAGCUGCUGGUGUUUUUCCAUUUGUCUGAUGUUAAAUCUCUGCUUUGAGGAUGGACUUGUGCCUCAAAUUGAUGUUCCCAGUUCAUUGCCACCAAAAACAGACCAUCUCCAGAUGUAUUGGCACAUGUUAACUCUGUUAAUAUGAUAUUUACUGAUUUCUUUGAAGGACGGAGGAGGAGUGCUCACUUUUACAGAAAUGUUAAUAGAUCUCAGUGUUACUGCGAGUCUGCUGUCUUGACAUGUAAACACAUGUAAAAAAGUUUAUUCUUACAGACUUUGGAACUGUUUUGUAUGUUAUUUAUUUGUAUGUUGAUGCUAAUAAAUGUUUCUUAACUCUU